AGGUUUCAGAUGGCGUAACGUUAUCACUCUUAUCAGGCCGAGCGACUCCAACAAUGCGGGGGUCUGACCCACCCUCUCCAACUCUGCAUCAUAAUAUCCUCAUCGCAACUCCCAUGCAGUUGAAUCCUCAAUCCACCUCUCGAUCACAAUGACACCCACUCACCGCGUCGCCGUCAUCCAAUGGAACAUCAAGGACCUCGCCGUCGACGAGAACCACCAGACAGCAUGCUCCUACAUCCGUGACGCCGCAUCCCAAGGUGCUGAAUUGGCCGUCUUGCCUGAAUACCACCUAACCGGUUGGUCCCCCUCAGACCCCGAAUGGACCGCCCUCGCCUCACAAACAACCCCCUACCUGAAAGCCUACCAGGCCCUUGCCCGUGAGCUACACAUCUGCAUCGUUCCUGGGACCAUCGUCGAGCGCCACUCCUCCGUACAAGACGAACAAACCCUCCUCUACAACACCGCCUACUUCAUUUCCAACGACGGAAGUAUUCUGGGUCACUACCGCAAGAAGAACAUCUGGCAUCCGGAGCGUCCCUACUUGACGUCUUCGGGGACAGACCCGCACGAUGUAUUCGAUACCCCGAUUGGAAAGGUCGGGUUACUGAUCUGCUGGGAUUUGGCGUUCCCGGAAGCAUUCCGGGAGUUGAUUUGCAAGGGGGCGGAGGUGGUAAUUGUGCCUACUUAUUGGAGUAAAUACGAUGCCUCCCCAGCCGCACUCCAACAUAACCCCGACUCCGAGAAACUCUUCCUCGAGACAACUCUCACCGCGCGAUGCUUCGAGAAUACCUGCGCGAUCAUCUUCGCCAAUGUGGCACGCGGUGAAGAAGAAAGUGAUCGCUUCCUGGGCCUGUCGAGAGUCUGUUUACCCGUUGUUGGCCCAGUAGGGGCAAUGGGCCCUGAAGAGGGAGUAUUGGUGGCGGAUAUGAAUAUGGAUGUUGUUCGGAUCGCAGAGGAGAAUUAUCGAGUGAGAGAGGAUCUGAGCCGUGAGGGGUGGUACUAUACCUAUCGGCAUCAGAGUGCUUAGCUGAAUGAGGGGAGGUGAGGCAAUAUCAAAUAUAUCCUUCCCGUUCACCUCCCCAUCACUCCAACCCCCUAAAUCCCCUCACAAGACCCUCAGAACUAAUACCAAAGUGACGUCAACCCGAAGCCCCAACCGGGCCACUUUAUCCUAUCCCUACUGCCACUCCCACUCCCACUCCCCUU